AUGUUGGCAACACCGACUGACGAGAAUCGCUCGAAGUUGCUAGCCGCCAUUUCGCGCAUUGAUGCUGCCAUCCGCAUUGCCGUACCGUGGACCAAAGUCGAGGUGAGACUCUUCGGAUCGACCUCCAAUGGCCUCUUCCUUCCUGGUGUCUCCGACAUCGACCUCACCGUCCUCCAGCCCUACAUCACAUCAGCGGUGGAGGUCUUGCAGAGGAUUGAGGAUGCUGUGUUGCAGGAAGGCAUCGCGGCCCGAGGCACUGUGGAGCUAAUUGCCUCAGCUCGGGUGCCGAUCCUCAAGUUCACCGAACAGGAGAGCCGGACUGCAGUCGACAUCUCGGUGAAUGGCCCCCAGGCGGUGGCUGGCAUCGUCUCCGCCCGCGAAAUGCUGACCAGGUUUCCCGAGCUCCGUCCGCUGCUGCUCGUGCUCAAUGAGUCGCUGCAGCGGCGACGUGCAUUCUCUGCCGCCGCAACCUCCGUCUCCUCGCGCCGCUUGGGCCCGCCGCCCGUGCCGACAACACCGAGCCAUGGCGGCGGCGAGGAGCGGCGGCAGGGCCAUGCGGUGGAGCAGCCCGUCACGUCCCAGGCCAGUGGCCCAUGUGCGCUCGACGAGGGGGCUGUGGAAGCGCACGAGCCGGACCUCGGCUCUCGGCUGAAAGGGGUGCUAUCCGAGCUCGCCGCAAACCACGCCAUCCGCUCCUCCUCCAUGCCAGCCGCCUCGCUCUUCGCAGCGCUCGCGGCGGAGCUCGAGAGGAGCUUCACCCUCUCCAGUGUGCUGCGCGGCUGCCCCGAAUCGCCUCACAGCCUCACGGCCAGCGACAAGCAGAAGCAAGAGCCUCAGCGGCACAUGUAG